AUGGCUGCGUCCCACAGAGCAAUCCCCGCCGAGCUCCAAAAGGGCAUCAGCACCUUCCUGGGGACAAAGGAGGUCCUCCUGGUGAUGAGCGUCCAGCUGCAGGUGAAAUCCGAGUACGACGACUACAUCUUGGUACAUGCAGAGUCCAGCCUGGUUCCUGCUUUCCCAGUUUCCACAGGCAGCCAGGUUCACAUCAGCUUCAGCUUCCUGGAGGUGAGGGAGAUGACAGUGCGAGAGCUCAGCUUGGUUGUUAUAGAAACAGAUGCAGCAUCUCACGCCUUCCAGUUCAUGUCCUUUGAUGAUUUGGAGCAAAUUGUCAUCCACGUCACCAUGUCUCUUAAGAAGGUCUUUCCAGACUCAUCCCCUGGGACAGUGCUCAAGAACUCCCCCCCCAACCUGUACAAGAGGAUCCAGUGGAUCACAGACUCGCUGGAGGAGAUGCUGCAGAGCAGCCCUGCGCCCUGUGGGGGGUUCUUGGAGACCUACGCUGCUUUGUGUGAUUACAACGGCUUUGCUUUCCAUGAGGAGAUCCAGUGGGACGUGGACAACAUCUACCACAGCUAGGACUGCCAGGAGUUCAACCUGCUGGACUUCAGCUACCUUGAGAGCCAAGACGUGGCACUGAGUGUGGCUGCCUUGCCCUUCAACCUGUGGUUCACCAAGCUCUCCUGCAAGGACUUCAGGCUGAACCAGGAGAUCUCGGAGCAGCUGCUCUACAUGCUCAGCAAAUCCAUGAUGCUGGAGGAGCUGGUGCUGGAAAACAGCAGGUUGAAAGCUGACUUUGCACAGAGGAUGGCCCAGUGCUUCGACCCCGACAUGGUGACGCUGGUGCUCUCCAUCGGCAGAAGCAAGUCCAUUAGGCACGUCAUCUCUCUGGGGAAAAACUUCAACAUCAAAUCCAAGGAAGGGCUGUUGGAUGUCCUGCACUGCAUUGUCCAGCUCACCCAGGAGGAUGACUGCCCUCUCCAGUCCCUGUUGGUGUCCAAAUCUUGCCUCAAGCUGGGAACCAAAGUCCUGCUGAGCACCCUGGGCAGUAACACCAGCCUCACUGCUCUGGACAUCAGUGGCAACACCAUGGGGGACACAGGGGCCAAGAUGAGAUCCAAGGCCCUGCAGAUCAACAUGAAGCUCAGGACCGUGGUUUGGGACAGGAACAACACAACUGCCCAUGGGCUCCUGGAGGUGGCUCAAGCUUUGGAGAGGCUCACCUCUUGCAAGAACUACACCCUCAAACGCAUACCCUUGCUGAUGAGCAACAUGGCGCAGGUGUACUGCAGCCACCCCAAGAAGACAGAGUAGGUGGUGCACAAGCUCCAGUCCUGCCUGAUGAGGAACCAGCUCCGGCACCCGCUGCCCAUGCGGACCUUGCGGCCACAGCAGGGCAUCCUCACCACCUCUUCUGAACAGAUCAUGAAUGAGACCUGCCUAGUGCAGAAGUAUGUGGACAUCCUCAGCAUGUGUGCAGGCAGGGAGGUGGAGAAGGACAUCCUCUGCACUGAGGAGGCCAUCAGGAAUGCCAACCUCUCUGUCAGCAUCCUACCUCUCUUGUAUGAAGCAGGGAAUACCCCAUACCAGAACAGGAAGUUGCAGCACAAGCUGGAGUGUCUCAUGGAGGAAGCAUUGCAGACCUGUGGCUGGGAAAUCCAGGCGAUCAUGCAGGUGGUGCUGAACACAGCGCACAGCCUGUGCCCAGCCGUGGUGCAGAAGAGCAGGGUCAGGGACCAGAUGGUCAACGCCAUGUUGGAGCAGAUCUACCCUCAGGACCGCCUUAACCUCAGUGCUGUCCUGGACCAGAUGGUCACUGAUGUCUUCAGCAAGCUGAAUGAAAUCAAGCUGUCUGUCACAGCUGCCAUGGCCGACUGCAUCGUGGAUACCAUGCUGGGAGACCUGACCAUCACCCAGUACAAAUUGGUGGAGAACUUCCCCAAGCAGGGGCUCGACCUCCUGGCGCUGCUGCUGGAGCUAGCUGAGGAUGAUGCCACGGUGCUGGCAAGGGGCAGGAAUCCUCCUGACCCCACUGUAGAGGAUUACAAGAUGGCCCUGCAGAGGAAAACUAAGCAUUUCAGGAGCAUCCGGCCCACACCAAGCAUGAGAGGUGUCUCGGAGCUGGAGCCAGUGGAGGGCAGAGAUGCAAACGGGCUCCAAGCUCACCGGGCGCCGCUGUCGCUCAGCCCUGCCACGCCGGCACGCCCUGCCUCCACAAAGGAUGCUGAGCCUGCGAGUGGCUCGCUCCCCUCCACACAGCCUGCCACCGCCGCCACCAGAUCCCUUAUGGACCUGCCGACCGCCGGCGAGAAGCUGGAGCAUUGCACCAAAGCCAGGCCCCGGCCCAACCGCCGGCACAAGCAGCCGCCCAGCAAGCCCAAUGCGCAGCCCGUGGCCUGCGAGAACAGUGAGGACAGGAGCAUCACCCGCAUGGAUGAGGGGCUGGAGGACUUCUUUGCCAAGAGGCUAGUCACAGAGGAGCUGCCCCCCACGGCUACAGAGACCUGCCUGGGAUCAUCCCCUCUGGCCCCCUCCAGCUCCUGCACCCUCAAGAAGAAAAUCAGGAAUUUUUUUGCCUUCAAAAAACCCAAAUCCAGCCAGGGCUCGAAGUGUGAGAAGGACCCUGAGGGCAUGCCCAGCAUCCCAAGGGGCAGGCACUUGAUGCUCAGUGACAUUUUACGAGCGUCUAGUAAGGCGGGCGAGGAGGGGAAGCUGCUGAGCAGACUGGAGGAGGGGGAACUCGCUGCUGAGCCCCAGGCAGAGCCUGAGCACUGCCAGACCCCCGGCUCUGCCUGCAGGAUCCAGCCCAAGUACUCGCGGGAGGGCAAAUCCCAGUCGCUCAUACUGCUGUCUGAGGAGGAUGAGGAUGUACUGGGGGUGAGGCAGGACAAGAAGAGGCAGCUGGAGAAGAGCAAGGGGGAGCUGCCUGGCUCCUUCGAGCAGUGCAUCCACCACAUUGGCAUCACCAAGGGCCCGGCCGCUGAGGGCAAGAAGCAGCAGAGCAAAGACAGCGAGAUCAAGAAAGCUGGCUCUCAUGGGGACAUCAUGGACAGCUCUGCAGACUCACCCCCAUCCCUGAAGGCCCACACGCACUCUGUGUCCACAGAUGCACCCUUCCGCAGCCCAGCCACCACGGUGGAGCCCCAGCCAGCUUGGAAAUCCCUUGGGAGGCUGCUUUCUGCUGAGCCACAGGGCACCAGCUCCCACCAGCCAUGGCAUUCCUUUGUCCUGGUUGAUCCCAGUGUGGUGCCAGAGCCAGGGGCCUGGGAAGGCUGGAGCAGCAGCCUGCCACUGCUGGGCCAGAGCAUGCUGGUGGCACUGCCACGCAGGGUCAGCCACAGUGGGGAGCCAGGUGCCAGCAGCUCCCUGCCCACACCACCCAACACUGAAGACAACCAGCUGAUGCCACGGCUGGCAGUGCCACAGGGGACCGGCCGCGGAGCUGUGUCCAUUCAUGAGAAGCAGCUCAGGGAGCCCGAGUGCCCGGCGGAGCUGGGAAUGGGUACCAUCCCCUUGCGCCUGUGGCAGUCGCCUGUGCUCAGAUGGAGAACCAACCACAAGUCCCUCCUGGAGCCGGAGGGCAAGCCCAGAAUGUCCUUGGAUGCUGCAGAUGCCAUGCUGCAGGACUGGCCCUGUGCUGGGCUGGAGGAGCCACAGGUUGGAGCAGGCACUGCCCGCAAGCAGCCACAAACCCUGCCACAAACUGUUGGGAAUGCACAAGACUCAGCAGCUGUAGACCAAAGACCAGGCCAGGGGCAGCCAACUCUGGGACAGUGAAGCCCCUGCAUGCCACUGUGCUGUUCCCAAGAAAACCCUGCAAGGAAGCACACUGUGCCAGGGGAUUGGCAGCUGGGGUGCAGGGCUGCACUGUACUGGGCCAACGACAGCAUCACCUACCUUCUGCUGUGGGGAUAGACAGGAUGGACAUCACCUACAAGGGCAGGGAUGCCCAGGGACCAUGCCAGAGCCCUCGGGAUGCGCUGAGUGUGUUACCUUCCCCAGAUGGCCUCUGCUACUGCUGCAGGGGUAGCUGGUGGGUUUAGGAUGCAGCCACUUUAAGCACGUUACCAGGACCCUUCCACCACUGCAGCUCCCACCCCACCGGGUACCAGCCCCCCAAGACGCAGGUUUCCAUCGGCAGGACCAUGACCCACAAGCAUUCCAGCAUCCAGCCCAGCACCAGCUCCACAGCUCUCCCAAAUGGCACCAGUGUUAUCCCAACACCCAAGUGGCUUUCUCCUGUGUUGACCUCCACUCCAGACUAAAUGCAUUCCUUACACGGAUGUUUACAACAAAGCAGAAAAAUGCCGCUUCUUUU